AUGACAGUUGAAAAUAGGAUUACAGCUGGAGUAACACCAGACGGAUGGAUUGAACUGUUUCAUGAAUUUGAUACAAACAAGAAUGAGGAACUAUGUAAGGAAGAAGUCAUGACUUUGAUGAGAGUCUGUGGAACUAACCCCACUGAUAAAGAGGUGGAAGAGUAUAUUAGAGAUGCCGAUAAGAACGGUGAUAAGAAAAUUGAUUGUGAAGAGUUUUGUUCAUUCAUGGAAAAGCAGUGCGCACAGGGGGAGCCAAAAGAUAUUCUUAGGGAAGCAUUUGACUGGUAUGAUAAGGAUAAAAAUGGUUACAUAGAACGUAAAGAACUAAAAGGAAUAUUAAAGGACUGCGGAGAAGACCCUAAUGACGAAACUCUGAUAGAUGAACUAAUUGAAUCCGCCGAUUUAAAUGGAGAUGGAAAAAUUGAUCUUAAUGAAUUUGUGUAUAGGAUGCAGUGUACGUGAAUGUAAAAGUAACUAUCGGAAAGUUAGUAUAACAUGUUUAACUGCAAAGGAAGUCCAGAGCAAGACAAUGUCACAGUGUGCUGUACACUCAUCAUUUAUUUACGACUGUUUGUAGCUAUAUAAUAUACAGUAGUUUGGAUGUUGUACUAUUGUGAGUUAACUGUUGUUACCAAGUAAGGUGUUAUGUUAACGUUUCGUUUGAGUGGCAGUACAAAAGGAUUAUUAUUUGUUGCUACUCUUUUUCUGAAAUUUAAAAUAAAUAAUAUUAUUAAAUAACAUGUACUCUAUAUAGCAUUAAUUUUACUUAGUAACAAAGGCGGUAACAAGUAGACAGCACAAUUUUAUUCUUUGACUACGUGUUUCGUAAUUUCUGUUUGUAAGUAAUGAAAUCUAAAUACUGUUAUCAACAUAAUUUUAGAAAAAUGAUGACAAAAAAUACUCAGGAACAAUUUUCCAGAUGGUUCAAAAUAUAGAAAUUCCUUCUUGAAUAAACUGAAACUUGUCCUUCUAACCGCCUCGACAGCAUAGUGGUAGAGCACUCGCUUUGACUGCGAACGGUUAUUGGUUCGCUCCCCGGUCACGUCAUUCACAAUAUAAAACAAAAACAAUAAAACAACAACAACAACACGAAACAUGGUACGAGCAGCUUCCUCGCUGGGUACUCUGACCUAAGAUUAUAAUUCUACGACUCUUCAGCCUGAUGGUACGUAUCAACUCAAACAUUCCAGUGAGGUAGCACAAUUAGGCUGGACAUUGUGCUCACUGCUACAAGAAGAUACCAUUGUUUAUAUAACUGACAACACACACACACGCACGCACGCACACGCACGCACAAUCAAGUUACUAGCAUAAUUAUGAUACAGGAAAGAAUCUGCCGAACCUAACACUCUUAACGAAAGCAAAAAGAAUGUUUCAUUAAAAUACAAACUAGCAAGAAAUGCUAUGAAUCAAGCCCUUGUUACUUCCUAAACCCAAGUUUUCACAGUUAUAUGCAAACUGUACUUUUUCAAAGAUUUUUAUUGUAAUGUGACGAAAUAACUACAGUCUAUUUUGGUGUUCGGCCUGAAAUGGGGUCACUGUAAACGAUUUACAGCUGUUGACAACAGAUCUUCCGGCAAAAAUUAAAAAAAAACAUUUAUUUAGAUACAGACUUGUUCUCUUCAAAACGCGCUGAUAAUACAUGAUCAUGAAGUACAUUAUACCUAACACACUUAUUUAUAAAAAAACAUAUAUUUAUAUUAAAUAUAUAGUGUAUUCCGAAUUAUAAUACAUUUUCUUUUUUAUGUUCUAUGCUAAAUAGCUGUUUAUUGAUUCUAUUCCGCUAUUUUUAAAUCUCAUUCAUGUAAAAAUAUGUCUUGAUUAAAAGAUCUUUUUUGCUAUUAUCAUAAUUAUGUGUUACACUGAGUAGUUGUUUUUUAUGUUAAA